AUGGUUCUGUCCUAUUAUAAAGUCUUCCUUUUUACGUUAUGUCCAGCAACAUUGGUCGUGGGGCACUUGAUUUCAAGGCAAGUAACGCUAGUUGUCGAUAAGGACAGUUGGUUUAACAUUUAUUUCGUCAAGCAAGGCUGGUUCUGGACUAGCCUUGUAGGUUGGUGGUGUAUGAUCAGAUAUAGCGGCUUUGGCCAGCGUGGCAGCUGGAGACGAACCCUACUGCGUUACAGCGUUUUAACCGCCUGGUGGAUGCUUUUUACACAGUCAAUAUGGUCUGAAGCUGCCCCUUUGAUGGAUCUGGUUUUUACUGCUACAGGAGGCCGCUGCAAUUUUGACGUUUUUGAUACCUCAGGAUCCUUGCCAUGGCAAAUAAACGAGAAGUUCCAAGAUACACUGUUUCGAAAGCAGUCGAGUUUGAGAAAAAUAUACAAGGCUCUGAAGGGAUCGUCAACUAGUCCUUCGUCGAUGCUUCAGAAUGCUGUCUCUGAGAUUGAAUACUGGAUAUCGGAAGGAAAGGAUAAUUUGAGAAACAUAGAGGUGACACCUUCCCAAAUAAACAACUACAUUGAUGAAGCUCUGCAUUCUUGGCGGAAAAUUAAUUCUUCUAAUAUAUGUAGAUCGUUGGGAGGGCAUUGGAUUGGGGGGCAUGAUCCUAGCGGUCAUAUUUUCCUUAUCACGUUGAUGUGUAUGUUUUUACUUGGAGAGCUUCAAGUAAUUGGUAGGAAAGCCCUAAGAAAAAUGAGGACCGAUGGCACCUAUUGGCCGUUAGUUCAAUCUCACCUCAAAAGUUUUCUGAUGCUAGAUCGUUUAAGGCAGCUAAUUGCUGAUCCUCCCACAACUUGGAAACUACUUCUCCGCCAGGUUGGCACCGACGUUUUCAAAAAUUGCGAACAGAUCAUGAUCUUCUUAGCCUUAACGCUAAAAUAUUUGGUCUGGGACAAUCCUGUGGUUCUGCUAGUGGCCCUCAUCUUCAUGUGGUGGUGGAGCUUUCUGAUAACGACCAUUGCAUUUCAUACGCUCUCAGAGCAAAUCAGCGGUCUAUUGUGCGCAUACAUUGUGGCGGCAAUCGUCUAUUGGAAACUUAUAUAA